AUGGCUACGAUAAAUGCCACCGUCGCGGGCGCGUUCACCCACCCGGACACGUAUAUGGGCGUAUUCGAGGAGGUCACCAAGUACAAUGUUCAGCUCAACGUCGUGGAACGCCUAUGGGCUGCUUGGUAUCUGUGGAUGCAGAACGACACGUUAGCGACGGGAAUCAUGAGCUUCAUGAUGCACGAAAUCAUCUACUUCGGCCGAUGUAUCCCCUACAUGGUCCUCGACCGCAUCCCCUACUUCAACCGAUUCAAGAUCCAAAACCAGAAGAUUCCUACAUGGAAGGAGCAAUGGGAAUGCGCAUGCUUGGUGCUUCUCAGCCACGUUACCGUCGAGUUGCCCCAGAUCUGGCUCUUCCACCCGAUCGCCACUUACUUCGGUAUGGACUAUGGUGUCCCCUUCCCGACAAUCCAGAGCAUGGCUCUCCAAAUCGCGGUUUUCUUCGUUAUGGAGGAUACAUGGCACUACUGGUUCCACAGAGCCCUUCACUACGGUCCUCUGUACAAGAUGAUCCACAAACUUCACCACACCUACUCCGCGCCCUUCGGCCUUGCCGCUGAGUACGCUUCCCCGAUAGAAACCAUGCUUCUCGCGCUUGGUACCGUUGGUAGCCCCAUCCUAUGGGCUUCCAUCACUGGCGAACUACACCUUUUCACCAUGUACAUGUGGAUUGUCGGCCGUCUAUUCCAGGCCAUCGACUCUCACAGCGGAUACGACUUCCCGUGGAGCUUGCGACAUGUACUACCCUUCUGGGCCGGUGCUCACCACCACGACGUCCACCACGAGAAGUUCAUCGGAAACUACUCCUCCAGCUUCACCUGGUGGGACUGGAUGCUCGACACCGAGUCCGGUCCCGAGGCCGCCAAGCGCCGCCGCGAGAGGAAGCUCAAGAACCUCAAGGCCAAGAAGGCCGAGUAA